GGUUGCCCACCCCUAGAGCAUAUGGACAACACUACAAUUUCUCCCUUUUUUUUCUCUGUAUCGCUUCCCUCUCGUUCUUCUCUCUUGUGCGUCCUUCGAUUCUUCCAUUCUCUUUCACCUCGUCAUCUCGUCGUCUCGAUGGAGGCCGUCGAAAAUGAGAAGCCAUGGAACUCUCAAAAAUUGGCCGGGACGGUAUCUUGGAGUACAGCAAGUUUGAUAGGAUUUUUCACAGGAAUGCUAUAUGGAGGCGCUAAGGAAGCCUCUGCAUCAGCUAGUAUAGAUGCGGACGUGAUGCUGAAGCUAGGCAGCACGCCAAACAAGGCCAAGCAGUACAACUUGAUGCGAGACGCGAUGGAGAGACGAUUCGUUAAAGUCAGUCGUGGCGCCCUGGUUGGUGGGGCGAGACUCGGCAUGUUCACUGCAGGCUUCUGUUGUCUGCAAAACUUGAUGGCUGAGCAACGCGGGGGAGUGCAUGAUGUUUACAAUGUCGUCGGAGCUGGUUCGGUCACUGCUGCAACAUUUGGGCUAAUCCUGCCUGGAUCUCUUAGGUGGCGUGCGAGGAAUGUGCUACUUGGAACGGUUCUUGGUGCAGUAGUAUGCUUCCCUCUAGGUUGGGUCCAAAUGAAGCUGGUGGAGAAGGCAAAUGAGGGUGGUGUUAAUUCGACCAGAGGUGACGCUACUGCUGCUGUUGGUGGUGUUGGAGCUGCAAUUGAGAGGCUUGAAGCAAGAGUGAAAAGGUGAGAAAGAGACAUGACUGAAACCUUCUGCUACUUAUGACUACCAUGACGGGACAGGAAAGAGAUGGCUUUGUGGAUCUAUCUGACUACCAUGGAAGUUGGAACGGUUUACUCGACAUUCUCUUCUUCCCAUGUUAUUUGGGUUCAAGAUUCAGAAUAAAUUGCUUGAUAACACUGCAGGAGUGCAGGGUCCUGUCAAUUUAGUUUGCAGGACUCCUUUAAAUUGCUUAAUACAAAUUUUGAGGAAUGUUUUGGCUGUUAUAGAAACACUAUUGAGUGUUCAAACGCUUACCCAUUUUUGUCACUUUCAACUGUGUAAAGAUAGUUACAGUUCUUACCCAAAAAAAAAGAUAGUUACAGUUUACUUGC